GGGCCCAAAGGAAGGCGGCAAGUGAUGAUGGCACAGCCUGUCCAGCCCCUAAGCUGGAGGCCCACGGGGCUGACCACAGCGGGACUGCUUUGAUGGGGAAGAGCCACUGCUGCCCUCCCUGUACUCAAGCACCCAACAGUGGUUUGGAGGGACUAAUGCCCUGGUGGUCGAGGGCCCCUCAGCCUUGGUGGAGCUCUGCAGUGUGGGCCAUUUGUGGGACCACUUCUCUGGCCUGCAGUUUGGGGACAGGAUUUCUAGGCUACAGGUUUGGCCAGGAGCAGUGUGUACGGUGGCUGCAUCUGCUGUCCCUCUCCGUGGUCUGCUGUGUUUUCAUCACCCAGCCGCUUAUGGUAUGCCUCAUGGCCUUGGGUUUUGCUUGGAAAAGAAGAGCUGACAACCACUUUUUUACUGAGUCUUUACGUGAGGCUACCAGGGAUCUGGACUCUGAAUUGGCAGAACGUUCCUGGACUCGCCUCCGCUUCUCUUCAAGCUGCAGUAUUCCUGACUGUGCAGGCGAGGUUGAAAAAGUCUUGGCUGCCCGACAACAAGCUCGCCACCUGCGCUGGGCACAUCCACCCUCCAAGGCCCAUCUGAGGGUCACCAGAGAGAGGAUGAGGAGAGAGAGUCGCACACAGGCUGCCCUGAGAGACAUUUCCAUGGACAUCCUCAUGCUUCUUCUGCUUUUGGGUAUAAUGUAUGGGAGGUUUUCUCAAGAUGAAUACUCCCUCAAUCAAGCUAUCCGGAAAGAAUUUACAAGAAAUGCCAGAAACUCCUUUGGUGGCCUGAGAAACAUCACUGACUGGUGGGACUGGAGUCUGACCACACUUCUGGACAGCCUGUACCCGGGAGGCUCCCCAACAACCCGUGUGCCGGGGGCUCAGCCUGGAGCUCUUGGAGGAAAAUGCUAUCUAAUAGGCAGUUCUGUAAUUAAGCAACUAAAAGUUUUUCCUAGCCAUUUAUGCAAGCCUCCCAGGCCAUUUUCAGCACCCACUGAAGACUCUAUUCCUACAUGUAGCCCCAAAGGUGGAGGCCCUGAGAACCCCUACCUGAUAGACCCAGAGAACCAAAACAAGACCCUGAAUGGUCCCAGGGGCUAUGGGGCAAGGAAGGACUGUGUGCUCAGCCUGGGCAGAACAAGGCCCGAAGCCCACACAGCCCUGUCUCGACUCAGGGCCAGCACUUGGAUUGACCACAGCACCAGGGCUGUGUCUGUGCACUUCACCCUCUAUAACCCUCCAACCCAACUCUUCACCAGCGUGUCCCUGAGCGUGGAGAUCCUCCCUACGGGGAGUCUCGUCCCCUCAUCCCUGGUGGAGUCAUUCAGCAUCUUCCGCAGUGACUCAGCCCUGCAGUACCACCUCGUGCUUCCCCAGCCGGUCUUCCUGGCGCUCAGCCUGGUCCACCUCUGUGUUCAACUCUACCAUAUGAUGAAUAAGGGCUUCCUCAGCUACUGGCGAAAACCAAGGAACUGGCUGGAGGUAGCCUCUCUUGUGUCAUUUUCUUUUGAAAAAUAACAAUAAACUGUGUAUAUCUUGAAAAAA